CUUGAGGACUUGCAUGUGAAACGGGAGAGAUAAACAGACGCACAGAACGCAGAGGAAAGGACGUGGGGAGAGAGAUAGUGUAUUAGAAUUUAGGAAACACCUCCCUCCCCUUCCCCCUGUCUAUCUCUCCAUCUUCAUCCCUCUUCUUUUAUUUAAUGGAUAGAAAUUAUCCUGGCACAGGAUUCGGUGAUUUGGGCGCUGGAACGGGAUGGAGUUACGAGAGAUCGGCGAAAGCAAGUCUGGUGUAUGGGAGCUCCAGAUCCUCCCAUCCAGAUUCAGAACUACUCCAUCGUCAAGCCUACGCCACACCACACCCCCUGCAGGGCUAUGCAACAAAUCACCACCCAGGCAGCUCUGGCCAGGGCGGAGCAUGGGGUGCAGCAGGCCGCAGCUUAGGGCUUUCAGGUUUAUUUGAUGCUGGCCUACACCAUGCUAGCCCGUCUGGGCCUGAUGCAUCUGUCAUGAACCUGAUCUCUGCUCUGGAAUCCCGAGGUCCACAGCCUCCCCCUUCUGCCUCCUCCCUCCUUUCCCAGUUCCGCACCCCCUCCUGGCAGACUGCAAUGCAUGCCCCAGCCCCUGCUGAGCUUUUCAUAUCCAGUGCAUUGCCUGGUUCUGGCUCCUUCCCCACUUCCUCUGCCCUAUCAGCAUAUCAGCACCCUGCCUCCUUCUCAGGGCGCUCCUUUCCUGGAGUGACCCCAUCACUGUCUCUUCAGGACACGCCCACCUUCAGCCCCACCUCCAAUGGCCUCCUGUCGCCCCACGACCCUUUGCUGCACAUAAAAACACCCUCCCAGUCCAGCCUGGGCUUCGACCGUCUUCUUUCCUCACAGAGUGCAGCAGCAGCAUACAGAGGAGCCCAAGAGCCCUCCACUGCUCCUCCACCUCCACCUCAAGCACCCACAUCCUCUUCUGCCCGCCACUUACCUCCACCCCAAUUUAACCUGCUCUCCUCUCAGCUUCAAGACCAGACCUCGCAGCUGUACAAUGCCUCUGUAUUUUCAUCGGCCCCUGCUCCACCACAGCCCCCUACCCCCCAGGAAAGAACCCUUUCCAGGCAAGACAGUGUGAUUAAGCACUACCAGAGACCGUCCCCUGCACAGUCCCAGUUGUCCUCCUCCACCCCACAUCCCCUGCAGCAUUAUCUCAGCUGUGGAGCUUCAGGAUACCAGCAGAUAUCUCACCAUCGGCAUGGAGGGGUGAACUGUAGCCCUCUGGGUGACCAGAGCCCAUCAUCUGAGCCCAAACCCUCACCCAGGUCAGAGCAAGUGUACCGCCCCAUAAUACAGCCCCCAUACAGCUCCUCCUCAACGUCGUCGUCAUCAGCCUCGGGGAGUGGUAUUGGCAAAGCAGGGAAGAGUUCCAGUUCAAGCAGUGGCUACUCCUCCUCUAGUUCAUCCUCAUCCAGAACGCCCCACACGCCUCCUUCAGCUUCCUCAACUUCUUCCUCUUCCUCUGCUUCCUCUAACCCCAGUGCUUCAUCUAGCGCCUCAUCUGCUCCUUCAAGACAACAGCCACCACCUCAGCCUGCACCCCAGCCCCCUCCUCCACCUCCUCCGCCUCCCCCUGUGUCAUCAUCUGCAGCACAGCAGCCUCCUCCUAAACCCUGCCUUUCUGCAUAUGGCUCUCCCGUGGCUCCUGUUAAGCCUGCCUCUGGCCUCCCUGGCCAAACCCCACCACAACAACACUCUCAAUCAUACUCUCCAAGUCAGCCACCUCCCUCCCAUCUGUCCCAGCCUUAUGGGGGAUUCAGUUCCCCACAGGCCCAAGAUCUGAGCUCUGGUCCUGGGGGGUCAGGAAAAGGGUUUGUGGGUCUUGGAGCAACGGGACGCUCAUUUUCAGCUGAGGUGGUAUAUGGUUCUGAAUCAGGAUAUGGUUCUUUACCACCCUCUCUUGGAGGAGCAGGAAGCCCCAUGGGCUAUGGUGGUACAGGACAUUCACCUGCCCUAAUUGGGUCUGGAGGGGGUACAGGUUCGGCAAGUAGUGGAACUGGCUCAGGAGGGGGAAGUUCAGGAAGUGCAGGUGCUGGCAACACCAAUGUUGCAAGUGGUGGAGGUGGUGCCUCAUACCACCUCCCUGAUUCCAGCCCUUCACCCUCUAGUAAUUCUGGUAUCAUCCGUCCAGGACUGCACUCACCUGCCCCGACUUGUCCUGCACAAUCUCCAGGAGGAGCUGGAGGUAAUAAGUACCUCUCAUCAGUUCUCUCCCCUGCUUUCUUAUCAUCUCCACAAGGAUUCUCAGAUGCACGAGCACCACCCCCUCAGACACAGCCUUAUCAUCCAGCACCACCCAAGUCCAAGUCAGAGUCUGAUAUACUUGGCAUUGAACGAUCCCAAGAGGAAGAUGAAGAAGACGAUGAUGAUUUUCUAAUUCAGCACCUAUUGCACUCCCAGAGUCCAGCACCCCAUCCAUCUCAGCAUCACACCCAGCAACAGCCAACACAGGUGACUUCCCAGCCACAACAGGCACCACAGCCCCAGUCAGUGGCCCAAAGUAGGGAAGGAGCAAAGGGAAUGUCUGCCUAUGAACUGAACAAAGCAUCUGAGGAACGCUACCAUCUGCAGAGUGUCAUUCGCACCAAUAAUGCCACCAAUAAUGUGGCUCCAGGUGCUGGGAACACCACUGGACCAGGAAGUGGUCCAGAGGGUCAGCUGGAAAUGUCUCUCAAGAAGCAGCAACAGCCAGCAAAAACAGAUAGACCAGUGUCUGGAGCUGGAGCAAACGGAGGACGAGGGGGAAUGGACGCACUUCAUCACCCUCAACCUCAUGCUGCUCACACACACCAACACGACUCCCUUGGCUCAGUAGUCCACUACGGAAGAGGAGACCCUUAUGCCCACCAGACACACCAGCAUCAUCACUCUUCACACUCAUCACACUCACAGCACUCCCAACACACACAGCACUCCCACCCCCAUUCCUUGUCUCAUUCACACAUGGAACUCAAGAAAGCUCCAGAUCCAUCAGAGAUACCUUACCUGCGAAAGACCCCAGACCUACAGCAGCGACAGUCCCAGACUUCUCUUUCCCACAUGGACUCACCACCUGACCAGACUCAGCAACCACAGCAAGCUCACCUUCUCCAGUCUGUGCUUUCUCACACCACACGUAACAAGAUGGACACUCAACAGCCUCCCCAACCACAGCAGCAUCCGAUGAGCCAACAAGCUUUAAUGGGACCAGCUGGAGGUCUUGGGGCUGGUAGUGGUGGUGGAGUGGAGACUCAGCCACAGGCCUCUCAACUACAGCUUCAGCUCCAGUCCCAGGCUAUGGAGGCCCACUAUGGGCGUGAAACACAGCGAAACCAAAGCCAGUCAAAUCAGAAUUCAGUCUCACAGCUAGACAUGCUUGAACGGACACUCUCGAGGACAAACAGUCGCGAAGGUGCAGGACCCACUGAGAGGAUAGUUGGAGGAGAUGGGAGUGCCAGCGACCAUCACAGACCACAACAGCAACAACAGCAGCUGCAGCAGCAACAACAACAGAUGCAGCAGCAGCAUAGGAUUCCCCCACACCACCAGUCACACCUUCCUCAACAAACACCUUCAGAGCUUCACGAUUUUUUGACUGAGCCAAAUUUGAGCAUGUCAACACCAUCUCAUCUGCACCACAUGGCCUCUCACCAUGGACACCCUCAUGCCCACCACCAGCCACAGCCACACCCACACCACCAACACACCCACCAGCACUCUCACCACAUGCAGACUAAUUCUGGACCUCUACCACCCCCAGCCCCUUCCAGGGAACCAGAAACCCAGAUCCCCCAGCCACAGCUGGAUCAACUCAAAGAGCACCAGUUCGACACUGAAACACCUGUAGGGAAGCCGACUUCGAACCAGGGACAAAGCCAGCAACAACAGCAGCAAAGGUUUGUUCCUCUGACUUCAAUCUGUUUCCCCGACUCCCUUCUGCAAGAUGAAGAUCGAUCAUUUUUCCCAGGAAUGGAAGACAUGUUCUGUUCUGAGGACUACAAGUCAAGCUGCACAGGAGGAGGUGGUGCAGGGCAAGGAGAUCAGGACAUGUCUGAAGGGCGUGUUCAAGAUGGAAUAGAGUCAGUUAAGGCAGGUGGAGGGACAGGUGGAUAUGAUAUGAUGGGUCACCAUGGGGACCAGGGGUAUGGGCAAUACUGUCACACUCUUUCUGAGUCUGGCAAUGGCACCAUACAUCUAGAUUUGGACUCCCUGAAAGCCCAUGAACUCCCUUCCACUGUGAACACUGAACAACUAGGCCUGAUCCAAUCUCAAGGUCCAGGCAUUGGAAUGGGAGGGACAGGUACUGGUGUAGAUGGAACAGGGAACAAAAUGAUGGGAACAUCUGGUGUAGGUAGUGGACCUGGAACAGGUGGGUUGUCCUCACCCAUCUUCUGUUCCUCAAGACCCAAAAAGCUGCUAAAGACCAGCUCCUUCCAUCUUCUGAAACAGCGACGAGAUCCAAAUUCCCAGCCACAGGCUAAGAAAACCUAUGCCCAGGAAUAUGAAUUUGAGGAUGACGAGGAUAAAGCAGACGUUCCUGCUGACAUUAGACUAAACAGCAGGAGACUCCCUGAUUUGCUUCCUGACCUGGUGUCUAGCUGCCGAAAGUCUGGUGGCAGUUCAGGGGUGGGUGGGCUAAGUCCUCUAAUGGGUGACUUGGAUUUCUGCCACCCCUCAGGGUACCCUUCUCUCGGACCUCCUCCACAACUGCUUCCCCAUGAUGGGCCGAAGAAGAGGGGCAGGAAGCCCACCAAACCCAAAAGAGAGGGUCCUCCAAGACCAAGGGGAAGACCACGUAUUCGUCCACUACCGGAGCCUCCUUAUUGCAGAGGUCUUAUGGGGCAUACUGGGGAGAGCCGGAGAGGCCGCGGUCGAGGAAGAGGUCGUGGCAGGAAAGAGGAUCUCAUGUUGGAGAUGCAUAGAGACAUGAACAAAGGACAGAAUUACCAUCAACAGCCUCAUCAACAGGCACCUCAUCUCCAUCACCAACAACUUCAGCAGCAACAUCAACAACCACACUUACAGCAACAUCUGCAUCAUCAUCCACAAGCACAGCAGCAUCUCCAGCCGCAGCAGCAACACAUGCACCAACAGCAACACCUCCAUCCACAGCACCAUCCACAACAUCUACAUCAACAGCAGCAGCAUCAUCAACAGCAACCACAGCACCAACAGCACCAACAGCAACUUCAGCCUCAGCAACAGUACCAGGAACCCAUAAAACCAAUCAAGAUCAAGCUCCCGCUUCCCUCAAUGCCUUCAUCUGAGUCUCUGUUGAGGACAGACUCCUUGUCGAGCACAGAUCCAGUUCUGUCUGAUGGCUCUGUAGGGUCUGCUCCAUCUCUAGGCCUCAGCCCUGGACCGACGUCCACAUUAGACAUGAACAGAAAUGACAUGAAUCGAGUUCAGGAGAAGAUGAAACAGAAAGAUCAAGAGAUGUCCUGGGAGAGAGACAUGGAUGAAGAUCUGUCCCCAGAGGCCUGGGCCACCAUGCAAAAAUUGUCCAGCUCAACUGAAGAGAAGCCCUCUGAGCUUAAAUCUGGGUUCAUAACUUCCUUUCUGGACUUCCUGAAGACAGAGAAGAAGCAGCCCGGCCCUGUAGCCCCAUCGGGUCCCCUCCCCCUGGACGGAUCCUCCCCCACAGAUGACCACUCUGUGAAGGGUGGGAUCCGUCCCUUGUCCCCACCCCCCCCUCCUGCACCACCACCACCCCCUCAACCUUUCGGGGAGAGUGAAGGCGAGGGAGGGCUGGCCCUGAGCAACUGUCCGUCCCCAUGCAAGCGCUUGGAUGAGGAACUGAAGAGGAACCUUGAGACGCUGCCAUCGUUUUCUUCAGAUGAGGAAGACUCUGUGAGCAAGAACCAAGACCUGCAGAAGAGCAUCUCCUCAGCCAUCUCUGCCCUCUACGACACACCCCACAGCCUGGCUGCGGUCCCGCCCCCUCCUACACCAUCCCCACCCACUCCACAGGCCCCACCCCUGGACACACCUCCACCCCCUCCUCAUUCAGAGUCUCUCCUGCACUCACACAGCAAUCCCGAGAUGGACACAAGCGUGUCUCCUCAGGGCCUGGAUUCACCCUCACAGCUGAACCCACAGGAGGACCCACACAUGUCACACCCCGAGGAAGAAGAAACAAUGCCGAUGCAGGAUCAAAGCGUGGAGGGGCUCCCAGAGGUGGAGCAGGAGAGCUUGCAGCAAGAGGGAAACGAAGAGGAUGAGACAGCGGAGGAGAGAAGAGAAGAGGAGAGCGCGGCGCCAACGCAAGGAGAGGAGAGACAGCGGGAUGAGCAGGCAGAGGAGCUGGAGUAUGGCACGCUGGGUGCUCCCAAGGCCGAUGAUUCUUCGUCUGAGCCUCCCGCUCCUGCACCACCCUCUCCUCCAUCCCUUUCCCCCUCUCCACCAACCUCCUCCUCUCCAUCCCCUCUCCCCCCGCCUCCGCUCUCGCUCCCCUCCCCUCUGCCUGCCCAGGAGGAGGAGAGCCCCACCCCCUCCCCACCACCACCACCCCACCAGCCCCAGUUUGCUCCUCUGCUCCAUCGAUCUCUCCCCCCCAGCCCAUCUCCCCCUGCUCUGCCCUCGCCGUCCCCGCCGCCUCCCACGCUCCCCCCCUCCGCCACACCUCCGCCUUCCUCGUCGCCCCCGCCCCCUGCUGAGCUGCCACAGCCCUCCCCGCCCUCACCCCCCACCCCAGAGGAUGCCCCCACGCCACAGAUCACCUCCCUACACCUGGCCAAGAAGCAGGACAACGCCGCCAUCGCUGGAGAGAGCGAGGAGGACGACAGUGAAAGUGGUGGCGAGGGCAUCUUCAGAGAGAGAGAUGAGUUUGUUGUUCGCACUGAAGAUAUCGGCACCCUCAAGCUGGCUUUACAGACAGGCAGAGAGCCUCCUCCGAUCUGGAGGGUGCAGAAAGCUCUGCUGCAGAAAUUUGCCCCUGAGAUCAAAGAUGGCCAGCGACAGUUCUGCGCUACCAGCAACUACCUGGGCUACUUCGGAGAUGCAAAGAUGCGUUACCAGCGCCUGUACGUGAAGUUCCUGGAGAACGUGAAUAAGAAGGAUUACGUCAGAGUGUGCUCGCGGAAGCCCUGGCACAGAGCUGCCAUUACUCUCAGGCGCCAGUCACUCCCAAAGCCGCCGGCCCCUGUCCGAAGCCAAACUCCACCCCGCAUGGAACGAGAGGACAGGGAAAGAGAGAGGGAGAGACAGCGAGAGAAAGAACAGAGGGAGAGAGAGAAGGAGAGGGAAAGAAAGGAGAGAGAGAAAGAGAAAGAGGCAGAGCUGAGGGAGAAGGAGAAAGAAAAGGAAAGGGAGCGAGAGAGGCAAAAGGAGAGAGAGAAGGAGGAGAGAGAGAAGCAAAGGGAGGAGAGGGCAAAAGAAAGGGAGAAACAAAAAGAGCGGGAGAAAGAGAAGGAGAGAGAAAAACAACAAGAAAGAGAGAAGGAGAGGGAGCGAGAGAAACAGAGAGAGAGAGAGCGAGAGAAAGAAAAACAGAAAGAGAAGGAGAAGCAACGGGAACGAGAGAGGGAGAAGCAAAGAGAGAAAGAGAGAGAGAAGGAGAAAGAAAAGGAAAAGAAGCUUCAGGAGAGGCAGAAUCAGGAAAAGGCGGAGAGGAGAGGAGGGGCGGAGCGAGCAAGGGCAAAAGAGGAGAAGAAAGGACCAAUGGGAGGUGAGAAGAGACUGGAUAGGACGAGAAGCAGGCCUGUCAAAGUUAAGGCAGAGCCUCCGCCCAAGAAGAGGAAGAAGUGGCUGAAGGAAGUGCCUUCCUCUGACUCAGACUCCUCCCCUGACGCCGCCAGCGAAGAUGAAGGGUCUGUGCGCAGUAGGAUAAACAGUCGAGCAAUGCGGGAGAUGUUCCGCAGCUACGUUGAGAUGCUGGUGAGCACAGCUCUGGACCCAGACAUGAUCCAGGCCCUGGAGGACACCAAUGAUGAGCUUUAUCUCCCACCCAUGAGGAAGAUUGACAGCAUUCUUAACGAACAGAAAAGGAGAUUGCUGAGGAGGGUCACCAUGAGCUCCCAGCACCAGGAAGCCCUGCACUUGUACCCGCAGAUGACGGCCGACGCCCUGGAGACCGGCACUGUGCGGGUGCACCUCGGCGGUGAGGCCUACAACCGCAAAACCCUUAACCGGGCUAAAAGAAGCAUUCCCAAGCAACAGGACCUGAAGCUCUCCACGGAGACGUGUCGGAUCUACAGUCUCUACCACUCUCUCCAUCACUAUAAAUAUCACACUUUCCUGCACUGCAAGAAGGAGACGGACAGCAUAGAACAAGCAGCAGAAGACCCAGGUCAGGAGGAGGUGGUGCAGCAGUGCAUGGCGAACCAGGGCUGGCUGGAGACCCAUUUCAACUCUUUCAUCGAGCUGCUGACCCUGAGCAACAAGGCUUAGAGGGGCAGAGGUCAAAGGUCUAAGUGUGCUAGCAGCACAAGAGAGCAUGGAACGCAGACAGUGGACUGAACCAUUAAGGACCUCUGAGCAGAAGCAAGUCGGAAUGUACCAUUUUCCUGACACGGUCUGUGUAAGGAGCGAGCAGUGUUCUGGGCUGUUGCAUUGUAACUUGAAAAUGUUUUUCUGUGACACUUUUCAUUUUUCUCUUUUUUUUUUGGUGUAUCAUGCGAAAGCUCCUCCGUGGAAGAGGAGGAAAGGCAGAGAGAAAAGAGAGAAAGAGAAUGUGUGAAGAUGUGCUUGGUCUGCACAGGUGUGCAGAGACAGUGCCAAGGGGAACAGGGUUAAAGACUCACAGGCCCAUGUGUUGGCAGAGGUGAGCUUUGAAUGCUAUGUUCCACGCACACUCUUAAAUAUAUAAAUAUGUAUUAUUGAUAAUUAUGAUUUGUAUUAUUUAUACAAGGACAUUUUUAACAAGUACACCCCCAUACGCAAAAGGCUGGGGCGGUUUGCUGUUAUUAUUUUGAAUAAUAAUACUCAUGUUUUAUUAGGGUGUACAUGAAAUGGCAUACCCACAAUUCCCUGCUCUUCCUGCCCCACAGGUGAAGGAUAGGGGGGCAGGGCCUGGACUUAAGGGGAGGAGUUUAAGCUGUGUGUGAAUCUUUUUUUCUCUCAUAAAAAGAGCAAGGGAAAAUGUAUUUAAAAUUAAAAUGUGUUUUUUCUGUUUGUUCUUCAAAAGAAAAUUAAAGAUGGCGUAUCUGUUUUCUCAAAGAAAGCGUGAUGGUGCAGAGGGAUAUAACAAUUUUUAAAGUGUGAAAACGUCUGUGUUUGUUUUUUUAUCUGUUGGUCGUUUACUAUAAUAAUUAUUAUUCUUAUCAUUAUUAAUAUCAUUAUUACUAUUAUUAUUAUUAUUGUUAUUAUUAUUAUUAUUGUUAUUAUUAUUUUGGAGCUUUGCCCAUUGAUUUGAUCUCUGUAAAUAUUGUACAGUUGCUUCUGUCUCGAGCUCUCGAUACUUCAUCUGACCAUGAGCAAUCCUGUAUUUGACAAACGCAAAUAAAAACAGAAAACACCGAAACGAUGAAAAUGGUGAAAGCAACCGUG